GCAUCGGUCCAGGCAUCGGUGGCGGGGAGCCAGGCCUAGGCCAGCCCGGGCCCACCCAGACUGGCCCCUAACGAGCUCCCAAGUGGCCUGUGGGGCCUUGACCUCAGUUUUGCCAGCUGUGAACUGGGACCGUCGCUGCUAAGGCCAUGGACACCUUCAGCACCAAGAGCCUGGCUCUGCAGGCGCAGAAGCAGCUCCUAAGUAAGAUGGCGUCCAAGGCAGUGGUGGCCGCGCUGGUGGAUGACACCAGUAGCGAGGUGCUGGACGAGCUGUACCGCGCUACCAGGGAGUUCACGUGCAGCCGCAAGGAGGCCCAGAAGAUGCUCAAGAACCUGGUCAAGGUGGCCCUGAAGCUGGGACUGCUGCUGCGUGGGGACCAGCUGGGCGGUGAGGAGCUGGCGCUGCUGCGGCGCUUCCGCCACCGGGCGCGCUGCCUGGCCAUGACGGCCGUCAGCUUCCACCAGGUGGACUUCACCUUCGACCGGCGCGUGCUGGCCGCCGGGCUGCUCGAGUGCCGCGACCUGCUGCACGAGGCCGUGGGCCCCCACCUGACCGCCAAGUCCCACGGCCGCAUCAACCACGUGUUCGGCCACCUGGCCGACUGCGACUUCCUGGCUGCACUCUAUGGCCCCGCCGAGCCCUACCGCUCCCACCUGCGCAGGAUCUGCGAGGGCCUGGGCCGGAUGCUGGACGAGGGCAGCCUCUGAGCCCCGGGGCCGCCCGACCGCGCCCCUCACGCCUUUUGGGGCUCUCCUGCUGUGCGUGGGUGGGGUUUAUGGGUUUUUUUCCACCUCUUUUCUCCCAAUCGGACUCCGGCCAAACUCCCCUAGACAGGUGGGUGACCUGUCCCCUUUGAGAGGAUGCUGAGGCAUCUGUAGCAGCUGUUUCAAACAUUGAUGUCACCUCUCCUCCUGGCCCCCCACCCAGUGGGGAGGGGAAUUCGGGGCCCUACUCUGGGGACCACCUUCCACCCCGUAUGUACUUUCUGGGCCACACCGACCCCUGGGUCGCUUGAUGUAAAAGCCAAAUCUGCUGCUGCUUCCCACUUGAUCAUGUCGCCUGGGAUUUUCAUCCCCUCGCACAAGGACUAGGGGUUCACAUGGUGAACUGGGGGAAGGGGAGUGUUAGGGGGCAAGUCGCAGCACCCCCCACCCCCGCCAUCCAUAAACUCACGUCCUAACCCCCAGGACCUCAGAAGAUGAUCUGAUUUGGAAAUAAGAUCAUUACAGAUGGAAUUAGUUCAGAUGAUGUCAUCUUGGAGUAGGGUGGGCCCCAAUUCAAGGACUGAGGUCCUUAAAAAAUGGGGGCCCGGGGCAGGGCGCGGUGGCUCACGCCUGUAAUCCCAGCACUUCGAGAGGCUGAGGCGGACGGAUCACAAGGUCAGGAGAUUGAGACCAUCCUGGCUAACACGGUGAAACCCCAUCUCUACUGAAAAUACAAAAAAUUAGCCGGGCAUGGUGGCACGUGCCUGUAGUCCCAGCUACUCGGGAGGCUGAGGCAGGAUAAUCGCUUGAACCAGGAGGUGGAGGUUGCAGUGAGCCAAGAUCGCAGCACUGCACUCCAGCCUGGGUGACAGAGCAAGACUCUGUCUCAAAAAAAGAAGGGGGGGAGUGGGGGAUUGGGGCCAGGUGCAGUGGCUCACUCCUGUAAUUCCAGCACUUUGGCAGGCUGAGGCAGGAGAAUUGCUUGAGCUCAGGAGUUCAAGACCAGCCUGGGCAACAAGGUGAGACCCUCGUCUCUAUAAAAAAAAAUUAUUGUGGUGGGCCAGGCGUGGUGGCUCACACCUGUAAUCCCAGCACUUUGGGAGGCUGAGGUGGGCAGAUCACAAGGUCAAGAGAUCGAGACCAUCCUGGCCAACAUGGUGAAACCCCGUCUCUGCUAAAAAUACAAAAAUUAGCCGGGCAUGGUGGUGCAUGCCUGUAGUCCCAGCUACUCGGGAGGCUGAGGCAGGAGAAUCGCCUGAACCUGGGAGGCGCAGGUUGCAGGGAGGCGGAGGUUGCAGUGAGCCGAGAUCGACCACUGCACUCAGCCUGGUGACAGAGCGAGACUCGUCUCAAAAAAAAAAAAAAAAAAAUUACUCUAGUGGUGCGCACGUAUAAUCCCAGCUACUUGAGAGAUGACGAGGGAAGAUCACUUGAGCCCAGGAGUUAGAGGCUGCAGUGACCGAUGAUCAUGCCACUGCACUCCAGCUUGGGUGAGAGUGGGACUCUGUCUUAAAAAAAAAAGGAUUUGGACACAGACAUGCAUGCAAGGAAGGCCAAGGAUGCCGGCCACCACCAGGAGCUGGGAGAGGCACGGGGCAGAUCCCCCUCAGCCUUGGAGGGACCUAGCCUCACCUUCAUCUCAGACUUGCGGCCCAGAGAACUGAAUGAGAAUAAAUGUGCGUGAAGCCCCUCAGUCCACAGGAUGUGGUCCUGGAAGCCCCCCACUCAAGAAGGCUCCAGUGAAUGCUGGCACGUUCAGCCAGGAUGCCUCCAUGAAGCUGGAGACCUCUGCCCUGGGUCGGGAGGAGAAACUGCUCCAAUCCAGGGACUGCCACGUGGGAGGGGACGGAGCGUGCCCCCCUCCCAGGGGUGAGGGGGGACCCACCUGAGCUGUGUGCACAUUUUGUUUAUUUAUUGUUUCGAGACAGUCUCGCUGUGUCACUAGGCUGGAGUGCAGUGGUGAAAUCUCGGCUCAUUGCAGCUGCUUCCUCCCAGGCUCAAGUGAUCCUCCCACCUCAGCCCCGGGUAGCUGGGACUACAGGCGUACAUCACCACAGCCAGCUAAUCUUUGGAUUUUUUGUAGACAGAAGGUCUCACCAUGUUGCCCAGGAUGGUCUCGAACUCCUGGGCUCAAGCGACCUACCUAUCUCGGCCUCAAAAAGUGUGCACAUUGUAAUAUUGUGAUUUCAUGUUUGGACAAUCAGCAACCAACCAGCCAACGAUGUUGCUUUUAUAAGACAGACCCGAGAAAGCAAAGCUCGGCUGUCGUCUUGGCUGUGGUACCACCCACGAGAUGCGGUGAUUCUCAGCUCGGGGCGUGGAGGCGUGGUGUGGGGGAGUCUAUUUGCCAUUUUUGUUUGUCAGCAGGGGGCAUGGGUUCUCAAAGGUUGCAAAAUGGUGCUGCAGGUCAGGAAGGUUAUUUUGGGUGCCUGUGGGGGGAGGUGAAACGAGGUCCCAUGACUGUUUUGCAGAACCUUGUCUGUGGAGGGUAGAGGUUGCGGCAGGGGCCUGUGGGCCUUACUUGGUGAGAAGGUAGGUCUAGCCGGCUCCAUCCAGUAUUUGAGACAUUUGGAAUUUGCCUGCAUUUAAAACCAAGAGAUCACACACACCCGUCUGGAUUUGGAGUUUCUCUUGAAAACUCGCCAAUUGGGCCAUCUGAGCCUGCACUGACGCCUGGUGAAGCUGUGCAGGGGCCGCCCCUCUCCCUUUCGCCACAGUCCUCUCCACUCCCUUUCGCCUCUCCCUGGCCUGCUGCACUCACUGAUAGGAAAUUCUGACCCCAGACUCGGAGCAGCCUUCCCGUGGUUCGGUUUUUGCUUCCGCAAAAAAGCCAAAGGCCUUGGCCAGAGAGCCAGCUGUUCCUACCUCUACCCCACGCUUCCAAGGCAACCUUCUCCGCUUAUCUUAGGCCGAGAGAUCUUCAAGAACGUACAUGGAUUCUGAUUUUCUCACGAAGUCCCGAUGGAACCCUGUGCUGUUGAGACAUCAAUGUGCAAAACUCUCCGUGUCCCUGUUGGGCUGUCCAGAUAGUCUGGACUCUUGUAAAUUUGAGAUUUAAUUAAAGGAAACAAACCAAAUAGAACUACGGAACAAUUUAAAUAAAAGCACACACCAGCCUGGG